AUGCAUACAAUGAUCCUCCACCAAUCUGAACAGCAGAUGAAGGUUUGCAGCCAUGUCGCAGAGCUGACGGAAACAUCUCAUGUUGUGAGCUCAUGUAUGAUGUCCCCUGUUCCUACCAACAGUGCCAACUACGCCAUGGCCUCCGAGGUGCUGGCAGGAUCUGAGGAGCCCCUGGAAUCGGCCCACAGGGAAAGCAUGGAGACCGCAAUGCACCAACCCCCAUCAGAGGAGGCAAAUCAGCAAGCUGUUCAGAACAGCAGGAAAAGGGACCUUCCUGCCCUAUGGAUUACUCCUCCUCCUGAACUGCUGGGAGAUGUUCUUAAGGAACAUCACGCCUACCUACCAAACCAGGCCUCCAUCAACAAGAUGAAGAGACACUCCUCUGGACACUACCUGUGUAUAGAGAACUUUCAGGAUAUUCUAGAAAGGAGACAGGCAGCCAAUGCCAAAGAAAGGGAGCGGAUCCGAAAUAUCAACAGUGGUUUUUCCAAGCUGAAGACCAUUGUGCCUCUCAUCCCCAAAGACCGAAAACCUAGCAAAGUGGAUACACUGAAAGCGGCCACAGAAUACAUACGACUGCUUCAUGAUAUCCUGGUGGAAACUGGAGGCUUUGAGAAAAUAGAAGACCUUCCUGAUCUAGAAUCCCCGGAAAGAUACCUGGGCCCAGGUCCAAUGAGGUGUGAUCUUAUGGGCCCUACUGACUACCAUAAUAAGCCAUUUAGAGAUCUUCAAGGCGGAGUACCGUUUAUGGUCAAGACUGAAGACCCAAUGGGCAUGUGGAGAGCAGCGGGCAUGUUCCCUGGAUAUCUGGGUUUCUUACAGAUUCACAAGAGUGGCAGAUUGGUGGGCGCGCUUUUGGGUGACCGCACAGGCGCACUGACGGGGGUUGGAGAACUUGAUGGGGAUUGUGAAGCCGCGCAGGCGCAAUGA